AUGGCAGACGAAUCCGACGACGAUCUCUAUGGCGACGAGACAGCCGCGCAGCAGACCAACGAGGCAAAAAAAGAGGAUGACAACUCCAGCGGUGAUGAGCCAAUGGACGAAGAGUCAGGCGAUGAAGAAGACAGCGACUCGGACAUCGACAUCAUAAUCGAGAAGGCGCCAGCACCCGCCAAACCCACAGCCGCGCAAGCACCCCAAGAAUCCAAAGCCAUAAAGAUCGAAGCACCGCCCACCUCUUCGACCACGCCCUCGCAACAAGUACCCCCAAAGACCGUUCCCACAACCGGCGGCACUGUCCCUCAACUGUCCGCCUCAGCCCUCUCAGGCACCGCCUUCCCUGCGCAACGCACCUCGACCAUCGAUGUCAAUGGGAACCCCGUCUACCCACCACAAGGCAAAGAGAUUCUUAGCGUAGACAUCGAUGCCGACCUAGCGGAAGAGCAAAAGAUCUGGCGCCGACCCGGUGAGGACCAGUCAGACUACUUCAACUACGGCUUCGACGAGUUCACGUGGGAGUUGUAUCGCCAAAGACAAGUCAGUAUGGCCAACACACUGCAGGGUCAGAAGAACGACAUGGCACAAAUGCAGGCGAUGAUGGGUGGUGCGCCGAUGCCUGGUAUGCCUGGAAUGCCUGGCAUGGGCGGUGGUCCGCAGGGUAACGGAGGGCCGGGUGGUGCGCCGCCGACAGGCCCGGGAGGAGGAGGAGGCGGUGGUGGUGGCGGCGGCGGCGGUGCUAUGGGACCUGGAGGCAUGAACGAACAGCAAAUGCAGAUGAUGAUGCAAGAGAUGAUGCAGCAAGGCAUGGAUCCCAGUCAGAUGGACUUUGCGUCCUUUAUGCAGAUGGCAGGUCAGGGCAUGGGUGGCUUCCCCGGUGGACCUGGAGGUCAGCAAGGCGGAGGUUUCCAGCAGGGUCAUCAAGGCGGUGGUGGCAGAGGAGGACGCGGUGGCAGGGGAAGAGGGUGGUAA